AUGGCAGCAGCAGUUCAACCUCCUCUUACUACCGGCCCCCCAGGCCAGCCAGAUAUUGGAUACACCCCCAACCUUGACAAGUAUCUCGCUCGAGUCAAGAGACGUCAAGAGACUGAAAAGUUUGAGACGAAUUUGCCUGAGGGGUUCCCCAAGGAGCUCGUCUCGGACCUCGUGUGGGAUGGCAAGGACUUGGCGGCCAAGUAUGACUGGAACUACCACUUGACAGAGGCUGAUAUUGGGGAGAUUGAUGAGGCUCUCAAGAACUUCAAAUCUCUCAACCUUCCUUUGGGAUACAUCAGCCAAAAGACAUUCGUCCUGCCAAAGCUGCACGACAAGCUUCGUGCCAUCUCCAAGGAGAUUCAUCAAGGACACGGCUUCAAGGUAGUCCGAGGUGUCCCCGUGGACAAGUACACUCGAGAAGAAAACAUCAUCGUCUACGCCGGCAUCUCAUCCCACAUCGCCCCCAUCCGCGGCCGCCAGGACCACCAAUACGAGGGAAAGCGAGCAGACGUGGCUGUCGCUCACAUCAAGGACAUUACCCGAGAGGUUGACGCCCAUAGAAUCGGUGCUCCUGCGUACACGACUGAGAAGCAGGUGUUUCACACUGACUCGGGUGAUGUGAUUGCUCUGUUUGCUCUUGGUGAGGCUGAGGAGGGUGGUCAGAGUUACUUGUCGAGUAGCUGGAAUGUUUAUAACCAGCUUGCCAAGACAAGACCUGAUCUCAUCCACACGUUGACGGAGCAGUGGGUAUCCGAGGAGUUCGGCAAGGUUGGAAAGCGGUUCGAGCUGCGUCCGCUUUUGUACCACCAGCCCGCGACAGAGCAAGACCCGGAGCGCCUGAUUAUCCAGUACGCUCGUCGUCGCUACACGGGUUACUGGAGCCUCCCUCGAUCUUCUGAUAUUCCACCUAUUACUGAAGCUCAGGCCGAGGCCCUGGAUGCUCUUCACUUCCUUGCUGAGAAGCAUGCAGUUUCACUGGACUUUCACAAGGGUGAUAUUCAAUACGUCAACAAUUUGAGCAUAUUCCACGCCCGUGGAGGAUUCAAGGAUUCUCCCGAGAAGCAGCGACAUCUCGUCCGCCUAUGGCUCCGAGACCCCGAGUUCGCAUGGAAGACCCCAGAAGCCCUCCGUCGCAGAUGGGACAACGUCUACGAGGGAAUCGAGGAGGAAAAGACGGUGUUCCCGCUGGAGCCGUUUGUGAGGAGUGCUAGUGACGCCAACAAGUUCAAGGCGGAGAAGAGGGUGGAGGGCUAG